GUCAAUGCCAAACUGUACAGAAAGCAAAAUGCGUGGACAUUGCCUUAAGUUCUUGUACUGAUGUUGCCUAUACUCAAACGAUGUAUCCUAAUCUUCUGGAUCAGAAGUCUCGAGAAGUGAUUGAGUACAGCUCUGAGUACAUCCUCAUCAGUGUGCUGCACAACUUGCUCCAGGGAGAAUGCAAUCCGGACCUGAGGCUCCUGGGCUGCUCGGUGCUGGCCCCGCAGUGCGAAAAGGACAAAGUUAUAAAGCCCUGCAGGCAUGUCUGUGAAAACCUGAAGAAAAAUUGCCUCCCUGCCUUUGAUGCAAUAGACAUGGCUUGGCCCUACUUCUUAGACUGCGACCGCUUUUUCGCUGGGGAAGAAGAGGGAUGUUUUGACCCACUGGCAAAGCUGCGAGGAGAAGUAGAGGUUGAGGAAGAUUUGCCUUCAGACUUGCCAGCAACUUUUAUUCAGUUCAAACACCAUUCAUACUCCCAAAUGGUGAGCACACUGAAGAAGACUGCUUCUAAAUGCUCCCAUAUUGCAACAACUUACAGCAUAGGUCGCAGUUUUGAAGGGAAGGAUCUUUUUGUGAUUGAGUUUUCAACCAAGCCUGGACACCAUGAACUGCUCAAGCCAGAAUUUAAGUACAUUGGCAAUAUGCAUGGAAAUGAAGUUGUGGGGAAAGAACUGCUAAUAUACCUCGCACAGUAUCUGUGUUCGGAGUAUCUUCUUGGGAAUCCUCGCAUCCAGACCUUGAUUAAUAACACCAGAAUUCAUCUCCUACCUUCACUCAACCCUGAUGGGUAUGAACUGGCUGCAGAAGAGGGAGCUGGUUACAAUGGAUGGGUCAUUGGACGACAGACAGCUCAGAACUUGGACCUGAACAGAAAUUUCCCUGAUUUGACGUCUGAGGCUUACAGAAGAGCUGGGAUUCGUGGGGCCCGCCUUGACCACAUCCCCAUUCCACAAUCCUACUGGUGGGGUAAG